GAUGUCGAUGUUGGCUGCAAUAGGACAAGUAGCCAAUUUUGCAGUUGGAGUAGCUGUCAACCCUUUAACAUUCUUGGGACUGGUACCAGUGUUUGCAGCAGGAUUGACGUUCAUGAGAUAUAUCUCAUUUGACCCUGAAGCUCAUCCGAUCAACAUAAAUCAUGUCCGUCCCGAGUACGACUUCAUCGUGGUGGGCGGCGGAUCGGCGGGGGCGGUCGUGGCGUCCCGCCUCUCCGAGACCGCCAACUGGACAGUGUUGCUGGUGGAGGCGGGCGGCGACGAGAGCGAGAUCUCGGACGUGCCCAGCCUGAGCGGCUACUUGCAGAUGUCGCCCAUGGACUGGAUGUACCAGACGGCGCCGCCCAACGAGGAGUCGCAAUACUGCCUGGCGAUGGUCGGCGACAGGUGCAACUGGCCCAGAGGGAAGGUUCUAGGUGGAUCGAGCGUCCUGAACGCCAUGGUAUACGUCCGAGGCAACCGUCUGGACUACGACCACUGGGAGCGCCAAGGCAACCCCGGCUGGUCCUACGAAGACGUCCUGCCCUACUUCAAGAAGUCCGAGGACAACAGGAACCCCUACCUGGCCAGGAACGCCUACCACUCCGAAGGCGGGUACCUGACCGUGCAGGAAUCGCCUUGGAGGACUCCCUUGUCCAUAGCCUUCUUGCAGGCCGGGAGAGAGCUGGGAUACCAAGUACGGGACUGCAACGGGGAGCAACAGACGGGAUUUAUGUUAUCUCAAGGUACGAUCAGAAGAGGAUCACGAUGUUCGACUGCCAAAGCUUUUCUGAGACCAGUGAGGAACAGAAGCAACCUCCACAUAGCCAUGCACGCACAAGUCACGAAAGUCAUGAUUCAUUCCAAGACUAAGCGUGCAUACGGAAUCAAAAUGGUACGAAAUAACAGACCCCAGUUGGUAAGAGCCAAGAAGGAGAUCAUCAUGAGUGCCGGUGCCAUUGGUAGUCCUCAGAUCCUCAUGUUAUCUGGGAUAGGGCCGAGAGAUCACUUGGAGUCACUGAAUAUUCCAGUGAUGAGCGGUCUAAAAGUGGGCUACAACCUUCAAGAUCACGUAGGUCUAGGUGGCCUCACUUUCAUUGUGGACGACCCCAUAACAUUCACCAAAAAACGGUACCAAACGAUGCAAGUCGCGAUGGAGUAUAUCCUGCACGAGAAAGGGCCGAUGACGUCACUGGGAGGAGUAGAAGGUUUGGCCUUCGUCAACACCAAGUAUGCCCCGGAAUCCGGCCAAUGGCCCGACAUCCAGUUCCACUUCGCCCCCAGCAGCGUCAAUUCAGACUCGGACCAAGUGAAAAAGAUCACCGGCCUACGAGACAGCGUCUUCAACACGGUCUACAAGCCGCUGAAGAACGCAGAGACCUGGACGAUGCUGCCGCUCCUGCUGCGGCCCAGGAGUACCGGGCGCAUCAUGCUGAAGUCCAGGGACCCCUCGGUAUAUCCGGACAUCAACCCAAAUUACUUUACCCACGAAGAGGACGUUCAAGUGCUGAUAGAAGGAAUCAGGAUAGCGCUGAACGUGUCGAGCACUAGGGCUUUCCAGAGGUUCAAGUCCAGGCCUCAUAAGAUACCCUUUCCAGGUUGUAGGCAGUACGAAUUCGACACAGACGAGUACUGGGAAUGCUCCAUCCGCCAUUUCACCUUCACCAUCUACCAUCCCACCUCAACCUGCAAGAUGGGUCCAGCGACAGAUCCAGACGCGGUGGUGGAUGCCAGACUCAAAGUGUACGGCAUCAGAAACCUCAGAGUAGUGGACGCCUCGAUAAUGCCCACGAUAGUCAGCGGCAAUACGAAUGCCCCCACUAUCAUGAUCGGCGAGAAGGCAUCAGACAUGAUCAAAGAAGACUGGGGAAUCGAGAUCAUAUAGAAGACGAUCAUAAUUUGCAGCGGUGGUCAAUUUUCAAUUCCAUGGUCACAAAUAAUGUUAGUUUCUUAAGGCAUUGUUGUUCUUAAUGAAAAUCUAGUAGGCGAGGUAUAUAUUGUCUGUUCGGGGGUAAAUACAUAGGUACUAGAUAAACAAUUUGAUUUGAAACAGAAACGAUGUUGUGUUGAAAAAAAACUCAAAAAUAAUCUAACAGCAGCAGUUGUCCCAGUAUAGGAGUGUGUUGAUUGACUGCAAGGUCCAUAUUCAUCAGUAUGGCAUCAGGAAUUUGAGCGCCGUGGACGCUUCGACAAUGCCCACUAUAGUCAGCGGCAACAAGAAUGCCUCUCUAUCAUGAUCGGAGAGAAGGCAUCGGGCAUGAUCAGACUGGGAAAUCGAGAUCAGUUAGGGGGCGAUUAUGAAUUGCAGCGGUAGUCGAUUUUCAAUAUCCUGGAUAUUUAUUUUUGUCACAGAUAGGUUAGUUUCGACUUGCAAGAUGGGUGUAGCUGUAGAGUCCGACCACGUUAAGUUCGCGACAGAACGUGAUCGCGUCUGUAUUGAUAAUGCUCAAGCCUUGAGUUACGUGGUGUCUCAAAGUUAACUUGGUCGAACUGACGCGGUGGUGGUCUCCAGUCUCAAAGUGUACGGCAUCAGUAAUCUGAGAGUAGUAGACGCCUCGAUAAUACCCACGAUAGCCCCCACUAUCAUGAUCGACAAGAAGGCAUCGUACAUGAUCAAAGAAGACUGAGGAAUCGAGAUCAUAUAGAAGACGAUCAUAAUUUGCAGCGGUGGUCAAUUUUCAAUCCCAUGGUCACUUAUUUCUGUCACAGAUAAUGUUAGUUUCCUAUGGCAUUGUCGUUCUUAAUGAA